GGACCAGUAGGCGUGCAGGAGGUGGAGAAAACGGAAGCGAGUGUUUCUCUGUAACAAUCCAGUGGGAGUCGAUGCUCAUUUUCACCUUCUCUCAUUUGCUUUGGUGUUCACACACAUCCACAUGUGGCUGCUGUAGCUAGCAGCUUCAGACUCUCGCUGUACUGGAUGGAGGCACAGGGAGGGGCAGGUAGCCCAGAUGACACUAAAAAAGGCCAGAAGCUGCUGAAGCCCUCGACGUCAGGUGAACUAUCGAAAGAACAUUCCCAGCAUUCCCGGGGUGAGGAGGACAGAGUCAUUCCCGGACAUACCCCAAGCCUGCUGCACGUCACUGACAGACGGCGUGAGUUCCGGGAGCCUCUGAGCAGCGUUUCCUCUCUCGAGGUUCACUUCGACUUGCUUGACCUGACCGAACUCACGGACAUGUCCGACCAGGAGCUGGCUGAGGUCUUCGUCGAUUCUGAGGAGGAAAACCCUGAGUCUCCUGCAGGUUGUCACCAUCACCCAGGCAGAGGAAGUUACCUGCGCUCUCCGUCUUGGACACGCUGCACUAAACCCGAGCAGUCGAACGACCGGAAGCACCACAGCGACUCAGACAGCACCGAGUCCUAUCACAAACCCAAAAAACCUUGAGAGAAAACCAAACCCAGCCGGGUCACGUCAACACACACACACACACACACACACACCUGUGGUGCUAAAGAUGCUAGAAUGUGAUGUCAUGCUCUCAUCCUGCAGCAAGCAUGGCAGCAAUACAGAGCAACACAAACAGCCCUGGAUGUGUCCGAGGUUUCUGAGGGGCUUCAACUGGUGGUCUGGGGUCAGGGACAAAGGUUUUAUCCGGAGCUAAGCGUUGAGUAAAAACACACAGGGAGAAGAUCUGGGACAGGAGAGAUAUAGUGAGACGUCAUAACAUCUUAUAACAACAGUUGCUUUGGAAAAAAUUAACAGGAGUGUAAAUAAUAAUGCUUUUCAAGCAAGACAGAAAGGAAGAUAGUGGAAUGGAUUGUAUAUUACGGACAGUAGGGCACACGCACACACACACGCACACACACACACACACGCACACACACACACACAUGCGGUCUCAGAUGCCAAGAAACGUUUUUUAAAACACAGUGUACUAUAAACAUUUAUUAACCCUUGAACAUUAAAUAAAUAAUCAAUUCAAGUUUGAAAUGAAAUAUUACACUGAAUGUGUCUUAGGUUCGUUAGUUUAGACAUUAAAGCGGCGCUUAGUGAUUUCUGCAAAUGUAUGUAACAUAUAAAACUGAAUGUCUUUGUCCUUGGAGAGUUUCUCCUUUAAAACAGCUGAGGAAAUUUAAGCAGAAUUUCCUAGAAAUGUUAAAGAUUAUUGCUCAUUAAAAAUCACUUAUGCCA